AUGAAGAGACCUACUUUUGAAUUGGGGAUGGAGUUUCCAAACUCCAAGGUGUUUAAGAGUGCAAUUAGGAAGCAUGCAGUUCAAACAAGGAAGGAGAUUAGGUUUCCAACAAACACAAGACAUAAGGUUUUGGCAAGGUGUAAGACAUCUCCUGGUUGCCCUUGGAGGAUCUAUGCCUCUACUACCGACUUGGAUAAUCCCACCAUUUUCAUUAGGACUCUGAGGGAAGGGAUGCAGAAUGCUAUCAACAAGGAUUUUGAAAUGGAGGUGGAUUAUCAGAUGCGUUAUAGAGCAAGAGUGAAGGCACUUAAGCUUGCACAAGGGAGCCAUGCAGAUCAAUAUGACUUGUUAGAGAGCUAUGCUCAUGAGCUCAAGAAGAGGAAUCCAGGAACUUCUGUUUGGAUUCACACUGAACUUGAUGGAGAGCUUGCAAGGUUCAAAAGGAUCUACAUAUGCAUCGAGGCAUUGAAGAAGGGUUGGAAGGAGGGGUGCAGACCCUACAUAGGGUUAGAUGGGUGUCAUUUGAAAUCAGUACAUAAGGGGCAGUUGCUUUCAGCUGUGGGGAUUGAUGGGAAUAAUGGGAUUUAUCCCAUUGCAUGGGAAAUUGUGGAAGCAGAAACAAGGGAGACCUGGACAUGGUUUUUGGAGGGAGACCUGGACAUGGUUUUUGGAAUUUUUGAAGAUUGA